AUUCCGUCUCCAACUCGACGUGUCCGGAAAGCUCUGGCCAGUUUCCCUUUCGCUCUGCGACCGCGGCUGCGAGCCGCGCGGCUCCCUCCGACCGGCAGGCGCAGCUGCCGCGGGGUUGAGGCGCCUGGGGGCCGCGGGCCGAGCGGCGGGGCGCCCCGAGCACCAUGCUGGACCCGUCUUCCAGCGAAGAGGAGUCGGACGAAGGGUUGGAAGAGGAGAGCCGCGAUGUGCUGGUGGCGGCCGGCGGCUCGCAGCGGGCGCCGCCGGCCCCGGCUCGCGAAGGGCGGCGGGACGCGCCGGGGCGCGCGGGCGGCGGCAGCGCGGCCAGACCGGUGAGCCCCAGCCCCUCGGUGCUCAGCGAGGGGCGAGAUGAGCCCGAGAGGCAGCUGGACGAGGAGCAGGAGCGGCGGAUCCGCUUGCAGCUCUACGUCUUCGUGGUGAGGUGCAUCGCGUACCCCUUCAAUGCUAAGCAGCCCACCGACAUGGCCCGGAGGCAGCAGAAGCUUAACAAGCAACAAUUGCAGUUACUGAAAGAAAGGUUCCAGGCCUUCCUCAACGGAGAGACCCAAAUCGUGGCCGAUGAAGCAUUUUGCAAUGCAGUUCGGAGUUACUAUGAGGUUUUUCUGAAGAGUGAUCGAGUGGCCAGAAUGGUUCAGAGUGGAGGAUGUUCUGCUAACGACUUCAGAGAGGUGUUUAAGAAAAACAUAGAAAAGCGUGUGCGGAGUCUGCCAGAAAUUGAUGGCUUGAGCAAAGAGACAGUGCUCAGUUCAUGGAUAGCCAAAUAUGAUGCCAUUUACAGAGGUGAAGAGGACAUGUGCAAACAGUCCAAUAGAAUGGCCCUAAGUGCUGUGUCUGAACUUAUUCUGAGCAAGGAACAACUCUAUGAGAUGUUUCAGCAGAUUCUGGGUAUUAAAAAAUUAGAACACCAACUCCUUUAUAAUGCAUGUCAGCUGGAUAACGCAGAUGAACAAGCAGCCCAGAUCAGGAGGGAACUUGAUGGUCGUUUACAGCUGGCAGAGAAAAUGGCAAAGGAGAGAAACUUCCCCAAAUUUAUAACAAAAGAAAUGGAGACUAUGUAUAUAGAAGAGUUGCGGUCUUCAGUGAAUUUGCUAAUGGCCAAUUUGGAAAGUCUUCCAGUUUCAAAAGGUGGUCCGGAAUUUAAAUUACAAAAACUAAAACGUUCACAGAAUUCUGCAUUUCUGGACAUAGGCGAUGAGAAUGAGAUUCAGCUGUCAAAGUCAGAUGUGGUGCUGUCAUUCACCUUAGAGAUUGUCAUAAUGGAAGUGCAAGGUUUGAAGUCCGUUGCUCCCAAUCGAAUUGUUUACUGUACAAUGGAAGUGGAAGGAGGAGAAAAACUGCAGACAGACCAGGCUGAAGCCUCAAGGCCACAAUGGGGAACUCAAGGUGAUUUUACCACCACCCAUCCUCGGCCUGUGGUCAAAGUAAAACUCUUCACGGAAAGCACUGGGGUCCUGGCCCUCGAAGAUAAAGAGCUGGGAAGGGUGAUAUUAUACCCAACUUCUAAUAGCUCCAAGUCAGCGGAGUUUCACCGUAUGAUAGUUCCAAAAAAUAGCCAGGACUCUGACUUAAAAAUCAAAUUAGCAGUGCGAAUGGAUAAACCAGCACAUAUGAAACAUAGUGGAUAUCUGUAUGCCCUAGGACAGAAGGUUUGGAAAAGAUGGAAAAAACGUUACUUUGUUCUUGUUCAGGUUAGCCAAUACACAUUUGCUAUGUGCAGUUAUAGAGAGAAAAAGUCUGAACCACAAGAACUAAUGCAGCUGGAAGGGUACACUGUGGACUACACGGAUCCCCACCCCGGCCUUCAAGGUGGUCAGAUGUUCUUUAAUGCAGUUAAAGAAGGAGACACUGUGAUAUUUGCCAGUGACGAUGAGCAAGAUAGAGUAUUAUGGGUUCAGGCCAUGUAUAGGGCCACAGGUCAGUCCUAUAAACCCAUUCCUGCGAUUCAAACCCAGAAGCUGAAUCCUAAAGGAGGGACUCUCCAUGCAGAUGCUCAGCUUUGUAAGUUGUAUGCAGACCGUUUUCAGAAACAUGGUAUGGAUGAGUUUAUUUCUGCUAAUCCUUGCAAGCUUGACCACGCCUUCCUUUUUCGAAUACUCCAGAGGCAGACUUUGGAUCACAGACUGAAUGAUUCCUAUUCUUGCUUGGGUUGGUUCAGUCCUGGCCAAGUCUUUGUGUUAGAUGAGUACUGUGCCCGUUAUGGUGUGAGAGGCUGUCACAGACAUCUCUGCUACCUGACAGAACUGAUGGAACAUUCAGAAAACGGUGCUGUCAUUGACCCAACCCUGCUCCAUUACAGUUUUGCAUUCUGCGCCUCUCAUGUGCAUGGCAACAGGCCUGAUGGAAUUGGAACUGUUUCAGUGGAAGAAAAAGAGAGAUUUGAGGAGAUAAAAGAAAGACUCUCUUCCCUUUUAGAAAACCAGAUAAGCCAUUUCAGAUACUGUUUUCCCUUUGGACGACCUGAAGGUGCUCUCAAAGCUACGCUUUCAUUACUUGAAAGGGUUUUAAUGAAAGAUAUCGCCACUCCCAUACCAGCAGAAGAGGUGAAAAAAGUGGUCAGAAAAUGUCUCGAGAAAGCGGCCUUGAUCAAUUACACUAGACUCACAGAAUAUGCCAAAAUAGAAGGCCCAGCAGAAAAGGAAGCAGAGACCAUGAACCAGGCACCUCCUGCUAGAAAGCUGGAAGAGGUUCUUCAUCUAGCAGAGCUCUGCAUAGAAGUCUUACAGCAGAAUGAAGAGCAUCAUGCAGAGGUGAUGAAGGCAUUUGCCUGGUGGCCUGAUUUAUUGGCAGAGCACGCGGAGAAAUUUUGGGCUUUAUUCACAGUAGAUAUGGACACUGCACUGGAGGCCCAACCACAAGACUCCUGGGAUAGUUUUCCUCUUUUCCAACUACUCAAUAAUUUCCUCAGAAAUGACACACUUUUGUGUAAUGGAAAAUUUCACAAACACUUGCAAGAAAUCUUUGUGCCCUUGGUUGUCCGCUACGUCGAUCUCAUGGAGUCCUCCAUCGCCCAGUCAAUUCACAGAGGUUUUGAGCAAGAGACAUGGCAGCCUGUCAAGAAUAUCGCCAACAGUCUUCCCAAUGUAGCUCUUCCAAAAGUUCCAAGUCUGCCUCUUAAUCUUCCACAGAUUCCUAGCUUUUCUACUCCUUCGUGGAUGGCUCCUUUAUAUGAGUCCACCAAUGGCUCAGCAACAUCAGAAGACCUUUUUUGGAAACUCGAUGCCCUUCAGAUGUUUGUCUUUGAUCUGCACUGGCCAGAACAAGAAUUUGCCCACCACUUAGAGCAAAGACUUAAACUAAUGGCCAGUGAUAUGAUAGAGGCCUGUGUCAAAAGAACAAGAACUGCAUUCGAAGCCAAGCUGCAAAAGGCAAGCAAAACCACCGAGUUGCGCAUCCCGGCUUCCGUGUGUACAAUGUUUAAUGUGUUAGUCGAUGCCAAAAAGCAAAGCACCAAGCUUUGUGCCCUGGAUGGAGGACAAGAGUUUGGUAGUCAAUGGCAACAAUACCAUUCAAAAAUAGAUGAUUUGAUUGACAACGCUGUAAAAGAAAUCAUUUCACUGCUAGUUUCAAAGUUUGUUUCAGUGUUGGAAGGGGUGUUAUCUAAGCUGUCAAGAUAUGAUGAAGGCACUUUCUUUUCAUCCAUUCUGUCAUUCACUGUGAAAGCAGCUGCAAAAUAUGUUGAUGUUCCAAAACCUGGAAUGGAUCUAGCAGACACCUACAUUAUGUUUGUUCGGCAAAACCAGGAUAUUCUUCGAGAAAAGGUCAAUGAGGAAAUGUAUAUAGAAAAGCUGUUUGAUCAAUUCACGGGCUUCGUGGUGACACUCCGCAGUGGUACGUACGGAAGGUCUUGCUGCGUCACCCUCUCCGCCAUGGUCUGUGGUGUCAGUGUUCGCUGUUUGUCAGGUCGGGUGGUCAAAAGGAGUCUUCCCUCUCAGAUUUUGUGCCUCAAGCCUCUACCGGGGCUGUUUUACAAUAAAAGUAUCAUCUGUUUUAAUAAGCUAAGUGUUAAUACGUGUGAAAAAAAUGAUUUCCUAAAAGCUUUUGAUGCCCUGCAGGGGUAGAAAAAUUAUCAUCUAUCCAGCUGGCUCUUUUACAAAAUACUGAAACCAUAUUAGCAACUUCUGCUUCCAUUUGGUAUUGCUCUGAAUGUACAAGCAUAUGUUUUACUUCCAGAUCCUCUUUGAGUCUUUUUUGCUUAUGUGGUAAUUUUCAGAAAUGCUGAACAGAAUAAGAAAAUUGGAUUGAUGUUAUACCCUUCAUGUUUAUUCUUUGUAUAGCUAAAGCAUGUAUUCUAUGAUGAGAAAAAGGUAGACUCAUCUGGAAAUAGGCCAUUGUAUGUAGGGGAGAGAGAGAGAGAGUGAAUGUGUGUGUGUGUGUGUGUGUGUGUGUGUCUGUCUGUCUGUCUUCUCUUAACAUGUUCAAUUUUUCAUCUUGGUGAUCUAUUUACUACAAAGCUUGCCAUCAAUUCAUAACAGAGGUCGAAUUUCUUUCUCUAUCAAGAUAUAACCUACUUUGGGGCAUCUGGGUGGCUCAGUGGGUUAAAGCCUCUGCCUUCAGCUCAGGUCAUGAUCCCAGGGUCCAGGGAUCAAGCCCUUCAUCGGGCUCUCUGCUCAGUGGGGAGCCUGCUUCUCUGCCUACUUGUGAUCUUUGUCUGUCAAAUAAAUAAAUAAAAUCUUAAAAAAAAAAAAAAAAGAUAUAACCUACUUCAACUCCCUCCCAUUUACCAAACUUUUUUCAAAGACUUUUGGUGUGGCCAAAGGAACCAACAGAGCUAACUAAAGUGGAUGCAAGGAGGUCAACAUUAAAAUUAUGUAUAGUUUAGAGGAACCCAGCUGGCUUCAUUGGUAGAGCAUAAAACUCUUGAUAUCAGGAUUGUGAGUUCAAGGCCCACGUUGGGCAUAGAGCUUACUUUAAAAAGAAAAACACAAAAUUAUGUCUAGUUUAAUUGUCCUGGUUAGGUAUACUUUUCUUUGAUACUUAAACAUCUGACAUGGCUGUAAGUUAGCUAUUGAAAGGAACGCUUGACAAGCAAUACUGUUUUGGUUGUGAAGGUUCUGUCAUUUUGCAUAUCCCCAGUAGGAUACUGGACUUAUUAUUUGUGAAAUAGUAAUAAUGUCCUUAAACAUUCUAAUAUUUUUAAAUUGCACAUUUUUAUUACUGUAAUUAAAAAUAAAAAGUAGACCCUAAUUCUAUUGAUAUGUCAUCAAGAAUAACAUGUAUGAGGGGGUACUAAGAGCCCCUAAUUAGCCAAGACUGAAUUUGCCUCAAUUAUAGUUAGUAAAUGAGAGGUUAUCAAGUAUGUGUUGAAAGGUAAAGUAGAAUGUGUAUCUUAAGCAACAGAUCAUUACUGAGAGGCAUUAUAUAAUUAUUGGAAAUCCUCUUGGCUGGAGCUUAAAAUAAUAUUGUUAGGUGUCAAGAAACAGUUGAAAAUAAUGACCCUAUAAAUACUGUUGGCAACCUUAGUCUAUUAGAGGAAAAAGAUUGAUGAGAACGAUUUUACUCAGGCAUCAUGACAAACUUUUGCUAUUCCAAUUAAAGUAAGACGUAAAUAAAAGGAAAGAAAGGAAGGAAACAGAGACUCAUAACUUCAGAUGCAGAGGAAAAUGUGCGCGCACACACACAUACCUGCACAUGCCCCACAGCAAGUCAACACUUAGUGGCUUAACCAACCCCAAUAAGGGCAUAGGGCAUCCAGUUUCUGGGCAUGGGCUAUGAAGGAUGGGCUUG